AUGUUCCCUCCAGAAAUUAUAACAGACAUCCUUUCACGCUUACCAGUGAAAUCUCUAUUGCGAUUCAGGUGUGUCUCGAUAUUAUGGUGUUCUAUAAUAGACAGCCAAGAUUUUGUUAAAAUGCACUUGCAUCAAUCCAUAUCAACGAAUUCCAAUCACAGUCUCAUUCUUGGAGGCCUGGGGCUUUAUUCCGUAAAUUUGGAUUCACUCGACGGAGCCCACGUCGUGAAACCCCCAUUCUAUUAUAGGAGUUCUGACUGUAUAUCCAAUUCGUGUAAUGGGUUAAUUCUUGCAAGGAGCGAGCCACCUGUAUUGUGGAACCCCUUUUCCAGAAAAUACAAGAUUUUACCCGAGGCCCUGAUCGAGCAUCCAUCUCCUUUAUUAUGUUUUUCUAAGGUUAUUUAUGCGCUUGGUUACAAUUCAAGAAAUGAUGAUUAUAAAGUUGUUCGGGUAGUUGAAUUUAGGAACGAAGAAAGCCACAUGUGGGAAUACUCCGAGACUCAAAUUUAUAGCCUGAAAUCGAAUUCUUGGAAUAGUGUCGAGGGUUUUCCUUAUCCACUGCCCUAUUUGAAAGGAAAUUGGGGGGUGCAUGUCAACGGGGCGUUGCAUACACUUGUGGAGGAUUCUUUCCAUCUAUAUUCAGACAAAUCAGUUAGAAUUAUGGCUUUUGGUGUUGAGAAUGAGAACCAUUAUGAGGUCAUGCUGCUACCGGAGAUUAGGAUCAAGGGAGUUAACAUGAAGUUGGUUGUGCUAGGAGGGUGUCUCUGUUUAGUUUGUGCUAACAAGUCUCGUGCUAAUAUAUGGGUGAUGAAAGAAUAUGGAGUAGUGGAAUCUUGGACUAAAUUGAUGUCAAUUGGUUACGAAACGGCUGAUCCAGACGAGCUAUUGAAGCCAUUGACUUAUUUGAAGCCAUUGGUUUAUUCAAAGAACGGCGAAAAGGUUCUUCUAAAUUGUGAUGAGAAAAGGCUCGUUUGGUAUGAUUUGAGAGGAAAAUCUAUCACAAAUGUCUUUGUUAGUGGUUUGCCCUUUGUGUUAUAUCCUGAGGUUUGUGUUGAAACCCUUGUUUCCCCUGGUGACCAUGCCCUGGAGAAAGUUGACGGGGUCAAGAAACAAGAGAAAUGGAAGGAAAAGAAAAACAAGAAGAAUAGAGAUGAUUUCCUGUCAGAGAGGUUCAAGUUGGUGCUGUGA